AAACUAUUGCAAAAAUCAACAUUUUGUUUUCUUUUAGAUUGUACGAACACGUUUAUCCACACAAGCUAGUCUAGCUUGGCGUAUAUCAUACGGUCACCAUAAUCACAUCCGGAAGCAACUUGAAAUCAAGAAACCUACAAAGACGUGUACAACCAAAAAGAACCAAAACUCAAACAAAGCAAGCAAGCAAGGCACCUUCAACAUUCAUCAAUCCAACCCACUUCAAAACCUUUACAAAACCACAAAUCUAACACAAACCCAUUUCACAUCUCACCUCAAUCUCAAAUGGGUAUUUGUUGGUCUUUCCUAAAACCUCGUCGAAACGACGAAAACCACCACCACCAAAUCCCAAUUGCAUCGCCAUCGCCUACUCGUGAUCGCCCUGCCGAUCAUGAUCGUUUCGCCCCUCAAGAAAGAACAUACUACCCUAUAUCUAGUGAGUAUGAUCCAAACAAAACCAUGAAAAAACAAAAUCAAGAUGGGUCUAUUUUAGGUAAGGAGUAUGUUGACCUAAGGGAAAGUUACCAUUUUGGGAAAGAAUUAGGGAGGGGGCAGUUUGGUGUCACAUAUCUUUGCACUGAAAGGGCCACAGGAAGGAAGUAUGCAUGCAAAUCGAUAUCGAAACGGAAGCUUGUGACGAAGAAGGAGAUGGAUGAUGUGAAGAGGGAGAUUAUGAUGUUGCAACAUUUAACUGGACAGCCAAAUAUUGUGGAGUUUAGAGGGGCAUAUGAAGAUGAAGAAAGUGUGCAUUUGGUGAUGGAGUUGUGUAGUGGUGGUGAGCUUUUUGAUAGGAUAACAAAGAAAGGAAGUUAUUCUGAGAAAGAAGCAGCAAAGCUUGGGAGACAGAUUGUGAAUGUGGUGCAUGUUUGUCAUUUCAUGGGAGUUAUGCAUAGGGAUUUGAAGCCUGAGAAUUUUUUGAUGGUUAGUCAAGAUGAAGAUUCUCCAUUGAAGGCUACUGAUUUUGGGCUUUCUGUCUUCAUUGAAGAAGGAAAAAUUUACAAAGAAAUUGUUGGAAGUGCUUAUUAUGUGGCACCAGAGGUGUUACAUCGCCGUUAUGGGAAGGAGAUAGACGUGUGGAGUGCAGGCGUAAUUUUGUACAUUCUUCUUAGCGGGGUUCCUCCUUUCUGGGGAGAAACAGAAAAGGGUAUAUUUGAAGAAAUAUUACACGGCAAACUCGAUCUCCAAAGUCCUCCAUGGCCUUCUAUAUCCGAGGGUGCUAAAGAUUUGAUCUCAAAGAUGUUGACAAGAGAUCCUAAGAACCGUAUCACCGCAGACAAAGCUCUCGAACAUCCGUGGCUCAAAGAAGAUGGUGAAGCUUCGGAAGUGCCUAUGGAUAGUGCGGUUUUGAUUCGAAUGAAGCAAUUUAGAGCGAUGAACAAGUUGAAGAAGCUCGCAAUAAAGGUUAUCGCCCAAAACCUAGAAUCAACAGAAGAGAUAAAGGGCUUGAAACAAAUGUUCAACAACAUGGACACCGACGGAAGUGGUUCCAUAACGUAUGAAGAACUUAAAACUGGACUAUCAAAGCUCGGAUCCAGGCUCGCUGAGGCAGAAAUACAACAACUCAUGGAAGCGGCUGAUGUCGAUAAGAAUGGAACAAUCGACUACAUCGAGUUCAUCACUGCAACAAUGCAUCGACACAAACUCGAUAGGGAAGAGAAUCUGCACAGAGCAUUCCGAUUCUUUGACAAGGAUGAUAGCGGAUAUAUAACUAGAGAUGAGUUGAGACAUGCCAUGACUGAAUAUGGAAUGGGAGAUGAAGCCACCAUUAAUGAAGUCCUCGAUGAUGUAGAUACCGAUAAGGAUGGAAAGAUUAACUUUGAAGAGUUCGUGACAAUGAUGAGGAAGGGAACAGUUGAAACAGCUUAUAACGCAAAAAACACAUGCGCAGUUUCAUACGGAUGGUUUUCGGGUUCCACUCGAAGGAAAUGCGCGUGGAUGUUGAUGGGUUGUAUUUUAGCUUGCGAAAUCAUAUAUAUUUUUUAUCACAGUAAAGCUUUCUUUCUUAAAUAAUGUACAAAAAAUACUAAGUUCUUAACGAGAUCCACAAAUCCUUGUACCAUUUCCUUAAACUCGAUAGCUCUCGUCGUGUUUAAUCAAUAGCUAAAGAUAUUACCACA